CGAAGGUGGGAGUCAGAUGGGGGAGGGAGAGUGGGAGAGAAGAGGAUAGGGUCCCACAAGUGAGAGAACGAGAAAGAGCAGCCCCCCUCCUGCACACUCAUCCAUAAUCCGUUCCCCCUGCUGUAUUUGGAGGAAUAUUGGAUUACUUUCUGCACAGGAGUACCAACAGAGCGCAUCCAGGGAUGGUCAGGUGGCAGAGUAUCACAGCAGUGUUGAGCUGUGAACUGAACCAUGGAGCUGUACAUUAGGCUGGUCACAAGUAGAGACAGCACUCGCACAGUCUACAGCAGGACAAGCAGAACUGACUUUGGGAAGCCCCACAGCAUGCAGCCGGGUCUUGAGUAAGGAAAAGUGGACCCGGUCCUCUCCUCUUCACCCAGGGCCAGAGCUGCAGAAUGCUCAGUCCUGCCACCCCAUACAGUCUGUUGAAGAUGCACUGGUCUCCGGAGCACGUCGCCCCUUUAUCUCAGUGGCCUGAACAGCACCUAGAUGUGACAUCCACCACCUCCCCCCAGUCUGCCCACAAACAAGACCCCUACAGUUCUGCUGCCCGACGCACCUAUGCUCCUGCUGGGUAUCCUUGGGCCAGCGAUGACAUAUCUGCUCUUACGGCUUCUUCGCUCCUGAAACGUUACGCUGAGAAGUACUCAGGCCUGGAAUUGUCUUAUGAACGCCCUGCUACAGGUGUCUACUCUGAGUCUGGAAGUUUCCUUAAAACUGAAUCCGAAUCUUGGGCUUUGAGUCAAGGUGUUGAUUGCUACCCCGGACUUGAGGCACUAACUGGUACCAAAGUGGGGCCUGGCUCAGUAGGAAUCCCAGCUACAGGAAGUGUAACAUUAGUGAGUAGUAACUUGGUCUCAGAACCAGGCUAUAGCGGCGCUCCAUCCUGCAAUACCCCAUCGUCUCAGGAAUACCCUCCUGCCUACAACAGUACCUAUCUGUCCCCAGGAUACUGUCCUCAACCAAGUGCAGCACUUCCACCUGCCCCUCUGCACACCUUGCAGCCAACCCCUUCUCUAGUGCCCAGCUACAGCACCAGCACCCCUGUCUACAACUACACACCAGGUUGCUACCCCCAAGCCAGCCUUUCCUCUGGAUACAACCACCCUAGUGCCUCUUACCUGCCUUCAGGUAUUAGUGCUCCUACACCUUUGGCCCCUAGACCUACUGUAGUUGGGGGUAGUUAUAGUUAUUCUUGUCACAGCAUUGGUGGGAGCUCUGAUGCAGGUGUGCCACUUAAACGCAAGGCCUUCGAGAUGACAGAGGAAGGACAGGAGGAUGUAGAAGUGGAUGGAUCGCGUUACAAAAAGUAUGGCAACAGUUCAGGAAGCAGUCAUAGCAAAGGUAAUGGUAAUGGGCAAGCUAACGGCUACGAUGUUAGUGGCCCUUCCUCAGAUCAGCAGGGCUACAAGGCUGGAAAGCCCCUCAUAUCACCUCCUUACAAUGGAGCAGCAGACUAUAGCCCACCACCAGGCCUCGCAGGGGAGAGCGUGGCAGGAGAGCACAGCUUUACUCAGCAGCAAAGAAUGUCUGUCAAGAUACCAGCAUCUCACACACGAGCAGAGGACCCUACUUGUGGCCGCUGAUUAUCGCAGUCAAAACAAAAGAGAUGUAUCCAAAGACUGAAGGGUUCUGGCGCAACACUGAAUUGUUCUUCAAAAAGUGUAAUCGCUCUGGCAAACACAAGAGGGCACAAGACUUCUAUUUCUUGUGGAUGUUUAUCAUUACUCAUAUAUUUCCAAAGAUUCACAGAGGUAUUUUGGCCCCCUAGGUUAAGCUACUCUCUGCAUAGACAGUCUAAAUAUACGAGUGUCUGUUUCUCUCAGGAUCUUAUGUACUACUUGCUGGCUACUUUUUUUUUUUUUUUUAAGGAAGAUGAUAUACUCCAUCUUAUUUGCGUAAACAAAAAUGCCUUUGACUGCAAAAAUACCCAACAAAAAUGACCAAAAAAAAGCAAGCAAUAACUAAAAUGUUGAGAUUGCCAUGCUACUUUAGCAUAAUCACUGCUACACCACUAACUGCAAGGCUUGAUGUGUCAUUGGGCCUUAUUUUCUAUCUUACCUUCCAUCUUUUGCAUUUAUUCUCUGCCAUGGAUUCCAUCCUUUUCUGCUCAACAAUGUCUGUGCAGAACUGCUUAAAUCAUACCGUAAAUCCUCUAAUAUAGGCCCGGGCCUUUAUUUCACUCAAGUGCAUCGCGGUCCAGGCCUUUAUUGGAAAGAGGCCAGAAUUAGAGACAGGCCUCUAUUGCUAUUUGAACAAAACAGACUACCAGUGGAAUGAAUAAAAAUGAGAUUUUGUGUCUAUUUGAACCUAUAAAACACUAGGUUCAUUUAUUGAAAAAGUACAGUUACCAUGUCUCGCUUGGUUUGAAGUAAAAAAGAAAAAAAAAAUCCCCCAAUUCUGUUUAAUCCUCCUCCUCAGUUUCCUCCUCCUCUUCAUCUCUCCCUUUAAUCUCCUCAUCACUCGCGCUCCUCCUCAUGUUCUGCUGCAUGUCUGUUCUCUUCCUCGCGCAGACGGGCAGCAGUCAGGGCCUGUCGUCCAGCUGCGCAGGGCUGUGGUACUUGUAUGUUACUACCACAAGUAUAAUGUUGAGGUAUGCCCAGAAAAAACGUUUAUAGCCCCGGCCUGUAUUAGAGACCGGCCAUUAUUUACCUCCUCUGACAGCGAGACCGGCCAAUGUUAGAGUCCCGGCCGCUAAUGGAAUACAGGCCAAUAUUAGAGAAUUUACGGUAUAUAUAUAUAUAUACAUAUAUACACAGUGCUCUGAGAAAAUAUAUUUCUUUUGAUUUUACCUUUUUUCCCACUUCAGUGUUUUACAAACCAAAGAAAUUCAAAGUUAGCGCUUUUUUCUUUCAACCCGUUUUGAAAUGUAAUUCUUUGUGGGCUGUUUAUCUGUGUCCAGCUGCAGAGCCUUACCAAGUUUAAUAUUUUUAACCUGAUAGCUGGACAUUGUCUUUAAGGAUUAACCGCUAUUGAGCAGAAUUCAAAGUCACAUCAAUAACAACAUUUACUUAAGUCCUAAAGAAGAAAAGCAACUCAGACCAUCACAUUACCAUCACCAUGCUUUACUGCUAGUACAAUGUUCUAUUGUUUGGUCAGAUGUAACAGGAAAAUAUCCCAUAUAAAGUUCCACUUCUGUCUCCUCAAUGAACAGAAAAUGCAUUGCAAAUUCUUGGAGAUCAUCAGUAUGUUGUCUUGGGUCAGUUAUGGUUUGGGCUUUUGAACUCAAUCUCUAAGUCUAGAGGGGCUGUUUUUUCCAGUAUUUUUCUUAUAUCUCUUAAAUCUUUGCUUAACUUCCCCAAGUGAGCCCUGCAGUCCUCUAGAUAUUGUUUUGGGUUCGUUCCUACCUCCAUCUAAGUGCUUAAGUUAGGUCAGCUACUUAUUGGAGGGCGUCUAACUUUUCAAUGUUUUCUAUAUUUUGCUGAUUAUGGCUACUUCUAUAUUCCCAAGACAAUGAAAUGUUUUCAUACUGAUAGAUAUCCAUGUGUUUGUCAUCCAUCUGUUCCUAAAUUCAUACAGAUCUAGUCAUAAUGUGUGUUUUUUGAGGUCCUCAAGCCUAUUCAUGAUCUCAGCAACGUUUUUUUUUCAUCGAUUUUCUGAUCUUGCUGGUCUGGUAGUAAUCUGACUUAGUGUAGCUUGUGACAUUAAACCAAAAAAAGAGGAGAAUUAGUUCAUCAGACUUCACCAAUGUGGAAAAAGUAAGUUUUAUAUUGGGCCAGUUUGAUUUAGAUAGCUUUUUCCCCUUAAUAAUGAUAUCAUCAUUUGGAAAAUGCAUGUAGUAUAAAUUCCGGCUAUAUUUUUUCUAAUUGAAAAAUGUUUGUAAGAACAAAAAGAAAACAUGUAUGUUAGGGGGAAUUUACUUUUUCACAGCACUGUAUGAAAUCCUUCAUCAACUAAGUCACUCUUUAAAAUUAUAAUCCAUAAUGUUGGAUCUAAGAUUUCAUUUUUAUUUGACUGUAUCUGGCAUUCAAUAAAUCGUAAGAUUAAAAAAUCUACAGGUUAGCUUCUAUGAGUGUAGUUACCACAGCACAUUUGUGCCCAAACCAAUAAUCAAAAAAUAACAUCCAGUUAAAAUGCAAAAAGGCUGUUUAUUGUUUGGAUGAACAGCAUGCAGGUCCCAGUGCCUCAUACACAUUUUGCUCAACAUUAUAGUCUUUAUGAAGAGUUACCUCCUUAUUUGCUUUUAUUUACUUUUUUUUUAUAUGCAAUCUCUUUACUUAACCCUCUUAGAAGGAUGAUUUAUAUUCAUGUUAUUGAAACUCAGGAAGAAUAUUGUUACCUCAGAAUGAUAAAAGUAAGAAUGUAUGUUAUGACCUAAGGGUGUUGGUAGCGAGCUUUACGGAGCAAGACGGAGAAAGAAUACAGAGCCAUGGUUAAAGACUUCAGGGAAACCACAAACAUACAAUGCCCUCAGUAAUAUGAAACUUUAUCGUCCUCGCACAAUUGCACUAACGCAAUCCCCCCUCAGUUUUAUUGCUCUGGCAAACUUGAAGUUGUCAUACCGAGGCCUGAAAUGUUGAAUGUAAUUCAGAUAAUUUUUUUUUUUUAAGGACAAUACAUGCCAUAAUGUACAUCGGUGAUGUUUUUAGAUAUAUAAAACAUAUUUUCUUUUGUGUAUAGAUGUAAUUCUCUUUUAGGAUUUAUUGGAAAUUUGAAUGCCAUGUUAAGUGUUACGUAGUUUAGUUAGUGUUAGGGAGAUGAUUGUGCAGACAAACUGUCAUAACAAAGCACUCCUGGAUUAAAAAAAAAAAUAUUUUCCUAUAUCAUCUACGCCAUCUGCUAUAUUUCAAUGCUUGCUAGAUGUCUUAGUUAAAUAUUAGCAGUUGACUUUCUUAUUACUUAAAUCUGUCAAAAAGAUAAAAGGUAUGAAUACAUGCACCGUAUUUGCAACUUUUAAUGAAUCUUUUUUCCUCAAGAUGUUGCUUUAAUUGAAAGAGUUUAAUUGAAAUUAAAUAAUACAAGUGAGUGCAGAUUUUACCCAUCUAAAAAAACUAAAUUUCUCAUAAUGUAAUAAAAUAUAGCAAAGAUAUUAAUGUCAAAAAAAGCUUUAACAUCUUUAGGGAGGAAAAAAAGAGCUCAAUUUUAAGCGCUUAGCUAAAACAAAUGUGCGCUCUAAUGCCACAAAAAGAACAUGUUCCAUUUUAAGAUAUGCACAACAGCAACUAUUUUAUUUUUUAUGUGUUUCUCUUAUGCAGUAAAGAAUGUGGAACAAAUCUGAACAUUUGUGACAUCAGUGUAAUUAUCAUUAUUGUGCAUUCUCCUUUACCGUUUCUACCUCAUUCUGAAGACAUUGUACACGGAGGUAUUUAUUUCAUGUCUUUUUCAGAUGCCGGCGUAAAAAGCAAUGUUUUAAACUGAUGACCUGUUUAAGUCUACCUCACUAAAGACUGCUCUGUCAUGUUUUGUCAAAUGAAAAUAUACGCAAAAAAAAACA